GCAGUGCUGCCACCCUUGGCACAGGGUGGGAAGGGAAUAGUUUGAAAAACUACAGAUGUUUAGGAAGAGUCAUGAAGAACACUGCCAGUGACAGUACAGAAACAGGGUUAAACAGGACAGAAAUCAAGCCAACAAAAGCAUUUAGUCAGGAAAUGUAACUUGAAAUUGACUCCUUUGGAAAUUGCCAUAGAACCUUUAAUGGACUUCAUCGUAUGAACAUGGGAUCUGGUGAAUCUCACAAAAAAAUCAGCACAUGCUACAGAACAGAUGCCCUCAUCACCAAGGACUUGGUACUGAUUCAGAAAGAAGAGAGCAGCUCCUAUGAGCAUCAUCAUGUGUUUGUCGCUUAUUUCCCCUGCAGCAAAUUCACGUGCAUUUCCUUCUUCCAUCCUUUUUCUGGAUAUGCCACAAAAGGAUCCAUGCCAGAAACAAGCCUGUGAAAUACAGAAAUGUUUACAAGCCAACAACUAUAUGGAAUCAAAGUGUCAGGCUGUCAUCCAUGAACUUCGUAAGUGUUGUGCUCGAUAUCCCAAGGGAAGAUCUCUUGUCUGCUCAGGAUUUGAGAAAGAAGAAGAAGAAAACCUGACACUGAAGUCUGGAUCUAAGUAAAGUUGUGUUGAGAAGUUAAAUUCUGCUUCAUGUUUCCUUCAAGUAUAUUUUAUUUAUUACCCCUUCUUCAAGCCAGGCAACAGCAAACAACAAAUGAAAAAGUUAAUUGUAAGAGUUAGGAAAUAUGUCAUCUAUGUAAAAUAUGCCCAAAUAAUCUAUGUUAGAAAAUAAAUAUGUAUAAUGUAAAAGGGAGCUGCUAAAAUAAACCCGCUUUACAUGAAAA